UGAUAGCGAAGCAAAAAAAAAAGACUAGUGAUGUGCUAAGUGCAAGGAUGAGUUUGCUUCAGGAUAGUCAGAGAAUGCUACCGUACAGUCCACAGCAGCAACAGCAGCAAUCGGAAGGCAACUAUUUCCAGCAGUUUCUGUACCCGCAAAAUCCCGUCGCCCUACCAGGAAUUCUGGGCAGCAGUGAGUACCAAAUCCCACUGGAUUUGUCCCUCCGACAGGGGAAUGUGCCAAUGACUCCACCGUCAACUCCGUCUCCGCCACGUAAACGAAGCCGAACCUUCGACGAGGAUGACUGGAAACUCAAACACGUCAACAGCAACGUCAAAUCCACGAACCAAUUCUCCGAUACGGUUUGCAUCGACAACAAGAAAUACUACGCCAACACGACCCUAACCUCAACCAACUCGCACUUCCGCUAUUUCGAUGAUUCGACCCGUUUACCACCGUUCAAGUCCCUUCAGCCAACUCCUUCCACUUCGACGGACGAAAAACCACCGGAUGAAUUCAUCGACAUCACCGGCCAGGAGGAUUCGACCUCGGCAUCCCGUCGAUCUCCGUCGUCGAACAUCGACGUCGAAUCACUGGACAACAACAUCGAGGAAGACGACGAAGACAGUCAAGAAUCGAUCAACAUCGUUGAUAGCGAAAAGGAAAACAGCGAGGCUGUCCUCAUAGAUGGCCAAAGAUGCUUUGAAAACGAGAAACUGCACCUUCAGGCGAUCGAAGGCUUCGCACGGCUUUUCGAGCAAAGUUUCGUCGGCUAUGACAGGCCAGCUACGGCGACGACGAAGGAUCGUCCGACGGGGAAAAACAACUCCCAUCGACCCAAGACGGAGCGACGGCGAAUCAAGACACGGAAGCAGUUGGUUGACGAGGAUAACACCAGUCCGGUGUCGGGGACGCUCAUCCGGAAGCUGCAGGAUGGGGAAGAGCUGGUGGUCCGCAAGGGUGACAUCGAUCCGGCGUUCAACGUCGUGGAAAUAACGGACGAAGCGAAGGAAAUUCUGUCGAAGAUCGAAAACAAGAUCGGUUCGUAUUUGUGUCAGCUGUGCCGGGCCUUGUAUGACGAUGCGUUCGGACUGGCACAGCAUCGGUGUUCGCGGAUCGUGCACAUUGAGUACCGGUGUUCGGAGUGUGAUAAAGUGUUCAACUGCCCGGCGAACUUGGCUUCGCACAAGAGGUGGCAUAAGCCCCGUGGUGGUGGUGGUGGUGGGGGAAGUGGAACAAAUGGGGAAGGAAAGAAGAAGGGCACCCGAUCGGGUAGUGUGGAAAAGGGGGACAAGAAGGAAGAUGAGUGCAUUGAAAUAGUGGAUAACGAAGGUGGUGAGCCGGCAGCAGAACCGACGGACGGACCGGAGGAGAACUUUGGAUGCAAUCAGUGCGGGAAGAGUUUUAGACGCCAAAGUUACCUGAAAAAGCAUCUCCAAUCACACCAAGCGAUGCAUGACCCACCGGGACGUCAUAACGGAUCCAGUUCCGGAAUGAUCAACGCCGCCACGAUAGCCCACCAAAAUGCAGCCGCGGCAGCUGCCCUCUUCUGUGGUCAAGCGCCUCCUCACACAGCCGCAGCCGGUUCUUCGUCCUCAGCGAACCAUUCGCUUGCCGGAGCAUUCUCACGAAGUGCCGCCGGUGGAUUGUUCCCAUUCGCUGCUGCUGCCUACGGAGUUCCCAGUGCUCACUUCCCGAAGGACGUCGCCAACUACUCCGAGCUGGAAAAGAGACGCUGGCAGUCCCUGAGCGAACUCUAUCUCCAACAACGGGAGCGACUGUCUGCCUUCCAGUACGUUAGACACCACCAGUACGAAGACUAUCUGAAAAGCUUUCAACCAUUCCACUUCGGUCGGGACAAAACAUGACAGAACGUUCUGCGACCAGUUCCGCGUCUAGCGGCACCCAUCUGGUCGCACAACCA